CCAAAUUGCUGCGCUAUGCCCGGGCGAUGAAAGAUUAGGGUUCCGACGUUUCAGAGUCAAUCCAUUGAAGACCAACAGCACUACGUAGAGUCAACCUGAGCUAUAUAACGAUGAACGAGGCUAUCCACACCAUCGUACAUCACCCAUUGGCAGGCAUAAUCAUUUCCGAUGGCUUUCAAGUUAACUUCAAGAGGCAUGCCGCUUUAUGCGGCUAACUUGAUGUCAAUAGUUCUGGAAGGCAUUUUGUACGGUAGGUGUCGCAAUCGGCUUUUCAUUCCUCAUGUUCAUGGGUACCAUCUGGACAUUCACCCACAACGUCGCAUGCGGGACAUCAAUCGUCCUAUCGCCGCGGUUGCUACCCUGCUGUUCGUACUGAGUACUGUGCGCAUGGUGGUAGGCAUGAUUCACGUUGAAGAUGGACUGGUGAAGGAUCGCGACACGUUCAACCCCAGGGGGUCCUAGUCUCCCCUAGCCAGACCAAUCGAAGGACGAUAGUCGUUCCUAGGCGGUCCAGUGGCGUUCUUCCCGGACUUUGCCCUAAAAACAUUUUUGAUCAAGAAU